AAAUGUGCUAUGAUCACAAGGACAAAAAUGGGAUGAAAGCUGGCUUGGAUCCAAGAUGGCGCUUCCUUGGCGUCCAGCCGGGCGAAACAUCUUCUUGACUGUCUUGCUGCUGCAGUGUUUUGGCUUUGGUGCGUCCUCCUCCAUAGUUAACAUGCGGAGGAUCAGCCAUCCUACUGUACAGCAGCCACUGGCAGGUGUAGCCACGCUCCCCUGUGUCUUCACCCUUCCGACCAGCUCAUCCACUCAAGAUGUUCGCCUCCUGUGGACUCUCGUCAGACUUCCUGCUGGCAGACGAGGCUCCCCUCUGGAGCAUGUUGUCCUGACUGCUGAAGAUGAUGUAAUCAAAGUGAAUAAGGCUUUCACCGGCCGUGUCAGAUUGCCAGGAUACGCCGCCAAUCCCCUCAACGCAACCAUGGAGAUCUCUAGUCUACGUACCAACGACUCGGGCACUUACCACUGUCAGGUUGUCACGGGCAACGACUACGAGAGAGACGCCGUGACCCUGGUGGUCUACGGUGUGCUGUUUCAUUACCAGGCUCCCAGCGCUCGCUACGCCCUCUCCUUCGCAGACGCCCAGCGAGCCUGCCAGGAGAACUCGGCUCAGGUGGCCACAUCGGCCCAGAUGUGGGCCGCAUACUUCGACGGCUUCGCCAGCUGUGCAGCCGGCUGGCUGGAUGAUCAGACUGUCCGCUAUUCUAUCCAGUCGACUGAGCUGGACUGCUCUGGACAUAAGGAGUACUCUGCUGGAGUGAGGAAUUAUGGGAAGAGGGACCCCAAAGAGUUGUUUGACGUCUAUUGCUUUGCAAAAGAACUGGAUGGCGAAGUGUUUCACGCCUCGGUUCCUGGCAGGUUGUCUCUGUCUUCAGCAUCAGACCGAUGCGUGUCCCUGGGGGGCCAGCUGGCCACUAUGGGGCAGCUUUAUCUGGCAUGGAAGGCCGGCCUGGAUAGCUGCGCCCCGGGUUGGCUCUCCGACGGCAGCGUCCGCUACCCGGUCAGCCUCCCUCGCCUGGACUGCGGAGGGAACAAGCCUGGAGUCCACACUGUCACGCCAAACAUCACAAGUGACAACAUCACAGCGCUGUAUGAUGCAUACUGCUACAGAGGUAAAGUGGAGAACACAGACGCCAUCUCUCAGAUCUACACUUCCCUGUGGAAGCCCUGGAGCUACCUCACAGACUCCAGUACCGCAUCUGCAGCAACAAAGAGCCCACCAACCAUUACUGCUAGAGGUGAUAGUGACCAUUCUCCGUCCAACUGGACCGGACUGGUAGACCUUGAGGAGGAGGAGUCCCUUCUUGGAAUCAAUGCUUCUUCAGACCCGUGGUCCACAGAGUCUUCAGAGUCAUAUGUAAGCCUUCGGGUAUUUCCGGGCCAAAGCAUCGACUGGGGAGAACCAUUUCAGCCCGACUCAACUGAGUUUCUCCGACCUUCUGUUUUUCCAACUCCUGCUGAGAAGAAGGUCAUCUCAGGAAUUGUCAAAUCCUUUUGGAAGCCUUGGAACUACCUAGUCGGAACUGGUGUUGGUGGUGAGGAAACAACUGGAACGCCCAAGGGAGCGGUGGGUGAAGAAGAUGUGAAUAAUAAGACGAAGCAGGAUGAAGAAAAUUUGACCAGUACAGCCUUACCAGGUUCCUUUUCUUGGGGAAGUUCAGUUUCCAUUGGUGCCUCACAGGAUGAUGCAACCUCAGCCAACGAAGAAUCAUCCACUCCUCUGACAUCUUUUUCUACUGCCUCCAAUACUUCCUUAACUACCGAGGCAACCAUCAAUGAGGAAAGUCCACAGAGGCGUCUGUCCACUACCUCCACCCUGGCCACUGAAACCACUUCAUCUAGCGGGGAAACCUGGGUCCGCGUAGAUGUCGAGACCACAACCCAGUCCAGUGACAAGAAGGAGGUUACGGUGACGUCCCGAGCCAGCUCCAGAGGUGGACGAGGUAGGGGGAAGAAGAACAGAGGGGAGGAAAAGAACAGAGGAGAAGACAAGGGAAGAGGUGAUGAUGAAGGAAGUGGUGAGAUUACAGCUGCGGAGGCCAAAGGUGAGAUUCAAGUCUCGCGACGCCCAGUCGGAACCAGUAAACCAAGAGAAAGGUCCAGGUCUAGAGAAAGAGGUCACAGGAAAGGACAGACCACUACCACCACGACCACCAGUCCUACCACCACUCCUGACCUCAUUGCGAUGUCCUCCUCAUCUCCGAUUUUUUACCCCAAACUCCUGUCCACCAUUUCGACUGAAACCCAAUCCCCAUCUGUCCAAGAUGACAUGGAGCCCUCCGCUUCUUCAUCCCCAAGCUCAUCAUCCACUAUUUCAUCCUUUUCAACGUCAACCGCAACUCUCACCCCGUCUCCAUCUCCAUCCCAGUCGGCACCAUUUUUCUCCCCUUCAGCAGCAUCAUCUCCAGCGACAACGGUUGAAUCAGAAGGCCCUCCUCAGUUUCCCCCGUCAGACAACCAGAACAGCUCCGCUAACCCCGUGGCACUGCUAGACUGGGUGCCAGUUGAGAGCGUGCCGGUUCUGAACGUCUCUCUGGAUUCUCCUCCAGAAGAGGAGGAGCCCGCCUGGUCCCAGACUGUGGGCUCAGGGUCCCCGUUACCGGGCAACAUGGAGGAGGAGAGCAGCAGGUUCAAUGUCAGCACCGUCACUCUGGUCCCAGCUGUGGAGCCCUGCGUGACAAACCCAUGUCUGCAUGGAGGCAAGUGCCUUCCUCAGGGAACAGGCUACAGCUGCUACUGCCCACAAGGGUACGCGGGGGAGAACUGCGAGAUUGACGUCGACGACUGCCAGUCGGAGCCAUGUGAAAAUGGAGGUACUUGCAUCGACAAGAUUGAUUCUUUUCUCUGCCUUUGCCUGCCCAGCUAUGGAGGAGACACAUGUGAGAAAGACAUAGAAGGCUGCGAGCACGGCUGGAGGAAGUUCCACGGUCAUUGCUAUAGGUACUUCACCCACAGACACACGUGGGAAGAUGCAGAGAAAGACUGCAGAGAGCACAGCGCCCACCUGAGCAGCGUUACCUCCGCCAGUGAGCAGGAGUUUAUCAAUGGUCUUGGUCAUGACAACGCCUGGGUGAGUCUGAAUGACCGCACAGUGGAGGACGACUUUCAGUGGACUGAUGGCAGCGAACUGAUAUACGAGAACUGGCGGGAGAGCCAGCCAGAUAACUUCUUUGCAGGAGGCGAGGACUGUGUUGUGACCAUUGCUCAUGAGGAUGGCAAGUGGAACGACGUGCCCUGCAACUACAAUCUGCCCUACAUCUGCAAGAAGGGAACGGUGUUGUGCGGGACCCCGCCUGCUGUGGAGAACGCCCACCUGGUAGGUCGGCGGAGGUCACACUAUGACAUCCAUGCAGUGGUGCGCUACCAGUGCUCGGAGGGCUUCUAUCAACGCCACAUUCCCACCGCACGCUGCCGGGCAGAUGGAAGCUGGGAGCGACCCAGGAUCAUCUGUGCCAAAUCCCGGCGCUCCCACCGAUACAGGCGCCAUCAUCGCAAGGUGCGUCGCGACCAUCGCGGCCACAGGAGACACGGCGAGGGCCACAAGGACGCGCACCGCUACGACUGAACCAAAUAACACGGCGCCUGCGAAGCCAAGGUGCUACUGUGGCUCCAGUUCACGCAAAAGCAAAACGCAGCGAUUCCCUUGUUCCGCUUCUAACUGCUUUAUCCCUCCUGAUGUAUACAUAAGGUUUGAUGACUACCACACAUAGAGUUGAUCUCAUUAACUGCACCGACUUUGGCUGUUUUGUUUCUUCAAUUCUUAAACCUACUUCCUUUAACUAAGGUCCAACGCGAACACUAACUGUAACACUAGAUCUCACGCUCCCUAACCUUUUCGUACAAUGACCCCUCUCCCGCCCGCCAUGAACUUCAGUAGGUCAGACUGGCGGCAGAGUGCGCGCGUGUGUGUGCAUGUAAGAUAGGAAUGUUCCUUUUUCUGUUUGUGUAAAAUGAAUAUGACUAAUCUCGUAUUCUGUUACAAAGCACAGAUGUGAUUGAUGCAUUAUUGCAAGGUGACCCUCAGCUUUUUUUGUACGCGCUGCAGUUGUUACUUUGUUCACAAGCACACGCAUUGCCGAUACGUUUUAUUCUACUGACAUGCUUUUUUCUAAUAUCUGCUAUGUUUUAUGUCAUGUUUUAUUAUUUAUUAUUUUAAGUAGUAAAGAUGAUCUUCUGUUUAUUUUUUGUACUUCUUUGGUGUAACAUUGUUUUUUCUAACCCAGUAUUAUGUCAUACAAUCAGCCAGCAAUAAAAUUAAUCAGUUGAUUGUUUCUGAGUGAGUAUUGUACAUAUUGUGGUGUUUACUGGCUUAUGUUUAAUCAAUAGCUGGACCUUGUCCAAUCAGAUAAUGCGCCUCAAGCACUCUCAGUGACUCAGUGAGUGGCAUUGACAACUUGAUUGAUAACGCGAAUGGGAUUAUUUGAGUCCACUCACUCGUACCUAAAUUACUUAAAAUUCCCGUCAAUCAUUGCAUGGCUACAUUUACUUGAUGGCUAGAAUGUGGAGAUGUUUUUUUUUUUUUUUUUUUUGGUCUUUGAUAUAUGAACUGUCAUCUAUGUUUUUGGUGUUCUUAUGACGUUUUUGUCCUGUUGUGUUUCAUUCUUAAUAAAGAGA